AUGGACUACCUCGACGGCCUCUUCUGCGAUAAGGGUUAUCAAGAUGAGAGGACGAGCGUGGCAACGGCAAGCUGCCUUCCGGUAGACGUGCGACUCAUCAUGGAGAUGGCGUGGGACCAGUUCCAAGAUAUGCCGUCAACGCAGGACUACCUUGAGCAUGGCAUCUCACCCGAAACUAUGCACGAGGCAGGGUAUUUCAAUGAAGAGCCCCUGGGCCUUGCACCCAGAUCGGCCAGCAUCCUAAACUUGGACAACAUCAUGGAGGUGGCCUGGGACGGCAAUCCUCCUGACACCACGUGCGGACAGUCCGACUCGACUUUGUCUUUGUUCCAGUCAGGGGGUGUCCAGACCACUCCGAGCGACAAUAAUGGCGACCCAGCAUCCCUAGGCACUCUCUAUCCGGAGGCCCUGGAUACACCUUCAAAAACAUGGAAUCGCGAGGUGUCGAAUCCACCUCAGCAACAAAGCAACUUCAGCUAUCACUCGAAACCAAUGCCUCGAAGGCAAAACCACGCAUGCGAUCAAUGCCGAGCAUCCAAGAAAGCUUGCGAUUUGGCGAUGAACGCUUCCACCUCGCAAAAGCAUGCACAAUCGCCGCCCUGCACGACCUGCAUGGUCCGAGGACAAGAUUGCACCACUGUGUGGGCCGUCAAGCGGCAGUCGGCGCAGGAAGCCAGGAGGGCUUCAAGAGCAGCGAGGAAUCUUCAGACUGGUGAAUCAGUAGUCAAAUGGACGAGCACAGAUGGCGCAACCCCGGAAAGGCACUUCGGAAUCCCGACACCGACGUCGACCAUCGAGAUCGAGCUCGCUCGGAAACUCAUCGCGAAUGAUACCUGCACCGAACAGUUCCACCUCUAUGUCGACGCAUUCGACGUGCCGAUAUCGCAAUGCCUUCUCAGCGGAAGCAUGCCACCUAGAUACUCUCUUGGGGUGAUCGCCUUUGAGUCCCUUAGCCGCAGUCCAUAUAUAUCGGACCAAGUCAAGCGGGCCAACUCAUGGGUCGAGACCUGCUGGUCGGCAUCCACACAAGAAACAGGGCUGGCUUCCAUGGCGGCCGCGCCUCACCUAUUCCGUACGGUCAGCAUGCUUGACGCGCUCUUCUGUCGACCGAGUACCUUGAAGGCCGGCUCCCAUACGGCGGCUCGCGACGCUGCCAUCACGGAGGCAUACAAAUGGGUCGCCGUCGCCACCGCGGCUCAAUUUUCUCUUGAGACGGUUCAAGCAGGUUGCUCCACGCAACCAGCUAGCGAAAGCACGCGAGUACGAAGUCGCGACAUCGCCAUCGCCGCUUGGCGCAAGGCGAAGGAAAAGGUCUUUGGCAACAUUGCCGCCACGGACUCGUUCCGACAUGCGCAGUCGCUGGUGCUCUUUGGCUUCAUAUCGCCCCCGUCCGAAUCCAAGGAAGAUCAGGCGCUGUGCGAAGAGGAUUCCACAUUUGCAUUCUCCUCACAGUCGGCGUGUGCAGCCAAGGGUACAGUUUUGUCACAUGUUGCAGCUGAUGUGCUCGAGCUCAUUGGGGCGGUUGAGUGGUUCGUCGCCAUGGUCAACUCCAUUAUCAUCGGGACAUCCAAAGGAAGCAUCUGCCCCUUGCCCGUUGACACAUCUCAGACAAGCGCUCAUGAUCCAAAGCCAAAUUCGUCACUUCUGCGUUCAUCCUACGAAAACGACAUUGACAAUGCAAUAUUGGCACGAGCAAGGUCCGAAGCCAAGGCCGUUACGACAGUGUGGUUCCAAGCAGGCGACAACGACCACUCGAUCAUCCAAGCAGGCAGACAAUCGGCUUCCGUAGCCAUCCUGCUGUGGAAGGCUGUAUCGCGCUUCAUUAUCGCCAUCGACCCAAUACGUACCAGGUCGGACAAUGCGGACUACGACUUAAUUUUGCAGCGUUACAGCACCGCAGCGGCAAUCAUCGAACUCUGGAGGACAACCUUUGGCGCCUUUGACACCUUGGCGAAUGUCUCCCUUCAAAGGUACCGGCGUCAGGCAUGGCGCAUGUUUGCUUUCUGUUCAAACGACACAGACCUGGCAAUCCUCCUCUUCCACGACGCAGUUGCGGAACUGGAAACGCAAGUUUCCCUAUCAUUCAGUUCCGUUGCCGAGCAGAGACUCUCUCAGGCUUGA